AUGGGCAUAGUGGUGUCCAGAGUGACUAACUGUCGUGUAGAACCAUCCAGAAAACGCAGAAGCGCCUUGCAACCAAAAAACAACACCCCCUACAGGAAGGUCAAUGGUACUAUCAAAUCAUCCCAAUGUCACACACUGACUCCAGUGCAGAGACAGACCCAAGUGUGUGAGCCUGAGGUGCAGGAGGUGUUAAUUCCUACCUUCCCAGAGAGGGUAAGUGUGCAGAGAGGCUACAUCACCCCCCAGCAGGUAUAUAACCUGUUGAACGCAGAGGCUGGACAUCCCGCUCUACAUGAUCCGAAUUACAUCCUCAUCCUGGACUGUCGCAGUGCAGAGAGGUACAAGCAGAGUCAUCUGGUUACAGCCAGGGCUAGUGUGACAGUGAUCCACCCAGAUCUGGGCUGUCUGAUCAGCUGUGUGCAGCUCCAGGAGUUCUCUAUCAUAUUGUUGUACGCUGAGGAGGGCCACAGCCCAGUGGGCAGUUUGGAGGCCAGGGCAGCCUCCCCGUUCCUCCAGCGCUGCUUCUUCCAGCUCAGUGACCUGGGCAUGGACCCUGUCAUCCUCCUAGGGGGCUUCACCGCCUUCCACACCCUCUACCCCUUCCUCUGCAACUCCCGCAUGGCUCUUCUAGAGCCCGACAGGUACGCCCUCACCAUCUACCCCUCUGAGAUCCUGGAGGGGGAGCUCUACCAGGGCUCAGCUGCUCAGGCCUCUGACUACCACAUCCUUGAGAACCUUAACAUUACCCAUGUGGUCAACGCUACGGCUGAAUGCCCUGAUGCAUUUCCCAGCACCCUCAGCUACCUGAGGCUGCGGCUGAGCGAUGACGCCCAGCAGGACUUAGUGGAGGCGCUGCCCCAGGCUGCGAGGUUCAUCGCUGGAGCCCUGAGCAGCGAGGUUGGGGGUAGGGUGCUGGUGCACUGCAGCAUGGGGCGGAGCCGUAGCUCAGCGCUAACGCUAGCCUUCCUAAUGCAGCACCAGCGCUGGACACUGCUGCAUGCCAUCCGCUGGCUGAAGGAGAGGAGAGCAUGCACGGCGCCCAACGUGAACUUCCUGCGGCAGCUGUUGACCUACGAGGAGCAGCUGUUCGGACGAAGGCUUACCUCGCUGGACGAUAUCCGCCUGUGA